AUGGUCAAAAAAUCCUAUCUAUCUCUUGAAUUGGCAAUUCCGGAAGACAUUAUAAUUCCCCAUAUCCUAAUGAAACUACCCGUUAGAUCACUCCUUUGUUUGAAGUGUGUUUCCAAAUACUUCAAAACCCUAAUAUCAAGUCCGGAAUUUAUUAACUUUCACCUCCGUACCCUAAAUUCAUCGUCCGAUGAUGAAAAACUUUAUAUUCUCCAGUCAUACUAUCAUUGUCUCUACUCUUUGGAUUCAACUUCCUUAUCAUCUUCCUCACCUGUUGAACGACUCAAACUCCGUUAUCCUCAAAAACAAGGUGGACGUAGUGUUAUAUACUACAAAUUAAUAGGAUCUUGCAAUGGCUUGCAUUGUGUUCAAUCGGAUGAAGGAUUUUACUUAGAUUACGUUGUAUUCAAUCCAUCUACUGGGGUUUACAAGAAAAUAGGGUUUCACUUUGUGGAUAUAGAUCUUCCGAUCAAUGGACUAUUUUUGGUACAUUCUGGAUUUGGUUUCGAUAAUGUUAGUAACGAUUACAAGAUUGUUAUGUUAGUAUCAACAUGUUGUGGUUCCAACCCGUCGUCGUGUCAAAUAUUUGUUUACAGCUUGAUGGCCAAUUCCUGGAGAGCUUUGGACAUCCACUUUAACUACUAUCAGAGUUUAAAGAAUGACCCGGCUGCAGUGAUUGAUAAACAUCUAUUUCAUUUCCUAUUCAAUGAAGGUGUGGUUGGUUGUUUCGACAUUCAGACUGAACAAUGGAGCAAAUUCGAGUUGCCUACUUUCAUUAAUAGAGAUGAUAAAUUAUUUUGGGAGUUGGGUGUUUUCGAAGGUUGCUUGUAUAUAAUGGUACAUGAUUUGGUUGCGGUAGAAUUCCUCGAUUUUGAUACGAACUAUGAAGUUUGGGUGAUGAAAGAGUACAAGGUGAAAGAAUCAUGGAGUAAAAUUACAAGCGUAUGGAAUCAAGAAUUGUGGCCAAAGGAAAGGAAAUUUAUUAAUGAUAGUAUUUCGCCUCUUAAAUACUCUGACAAAUUAAGAGAUGACCAGAUUUUGUUUUGGAAUGAGUAUAAUUCUACGUUUAUAUAUUACAAUAUCGAAUCUAAAUUACCAAAUAUAGUCGAAAUCAAUGGUGUGGUUUCUACUGAAUCCAAAGCUUAUUUUUGUCACGAAACCCUUGUUACCAUUCCCGGUGGUAAACAACUUCGAGGAGUUUUGAGAAAAUAA